CAAGCUAAGCAACACGAAGCUAACGUUGAAAAGACCCCCCGAUUUGCAGCGUUGACAAGCACCAGGAAACCAUCCAGCAAUAAUGUUUUAAACGUCUUAUCUUAACCUACAAGUACACAAUUUCACCAAAGCAUCAUUCUCCAGCAGAAGCAGAAUCUGAUGUGUACUGUGAUGUGAAGCUGUGGAAGUGGGUGGAGCUGCUGCUGCCGGGUGACCCCCUCAACAUGAAGCCCGUCACCUAUCAAAGCUUCCCCACCAUGGUGUACAGCACGCAAGCGCCCGUCCUGGUCCAGUCAAUUAGCUCCUCCGUGAUGGCACGCUGCGACAAAUGUGGAUUUGCAUCGUCGGAUACAGAGCUGUUCAAGAGACAUAUGCUUGAGCACACGGCGUCGAAUCUGCACUGCUUUUAUUGCCAGAAAACGUUAUUCAGCAAGGAGGAGUUGAACGCCCACCUGCAGCAACAUAUCAAGCACACGUUCACCUGCCCACAUUGUGGACAGGGCUACAUGAGGAACCGUUGCAUGUUGAAACACAUUGAGCGUGUGCAUAAUAAAAACAGUGGUCAAGGACUUGGCUGGACUAAAAAUCCACAAGCCUCCAAUGCCUUACCCCGCUCUGAAGCAUCAACACGGCAGCCAGUCGGAGUGAAUGUCCCAAGCCUCAGCACACCUGCCGUGAGACUCAACAAGGGCGCACAGAACACUAGGACAAUGAACACAAAGCUCAUUAAUCAUUCAAAUUGUGUUUCAAAUAAUGUUACUAACAGGGCUUUGACGGUGUCGCUCCCCGAUGAAGUGUCCAUCCCACCUGGGUGCCUGGUGGAACUUGUUGAAGUGAAAACAGUCAAUGGGUCAAAGGAGCUAAAACUGAGGCUGGUCUCGCAACAAGAAAACGAGGCCGUCAGGAAAGACUGCAGGUCAGCAGUAGAACAAAACCUCACCGCCGGGAAGACCUUAGCACCCAAAUUGAAUCCUCCAAAUGCGACAAAUUCGACAAACGCGGGGAUGUGCUUUGUGAACAAAAAGCAGUUUGAAACAAGUGUGGCCUGUGCACAACGUCCUGACAGAAUCCCAGUCAGCACGUCCAAAAUCCUUGUCUCGAACCAAGCACCGAUAAAGAGGACAUCUCAGGAAGUUGUCGACCUGGCCAACUACCCCAACAAAGUUUCCAAAAUGCACCACAAUCCCGUAAGAGAAACGAUGGAAAUCCCGGCUACAUGGAACAAAGCUGUUACCGAUCGAGUGAAACCUGACGCCGUCAUUUUCACCAGCCAAGCCAGCAGGGUGGCGUGCCUCCCGCACCUAGACAAAAAAGGACCAUGUGUUUCUGCGCAAAAAACAGAUGAAAGGCGACCAAGUAUUCCAGAGCGCCAAAAGAGUAUUCCCGUCACAAAAACAGUUGUGACAAAAUGUUCCUUUCGAGACUUGUUGACGUCUGUUAAAGUUGAACCCGAUGUAGUUCAUCUCCAUGACAACUCCAAAAUUAAGAAUACAUCAGCAGGAAUCGCCACGGCAAAUCGGAAAUCAACCUCCUUGGAUGUUCCUUCGGGUUCAGCUGUCCGAGGGGCACCUCCGACGAUCAAGCUUGGCCAGGAUAGCACUCCUCCUCAGACGUCUUUCCCAGCUCCCUCCACGUUGCGACAGAUGCUCAGCGAGUCCUCGUCUGUCAAAGCACCCAUCGCUUCCUCCUGCUCCAAGUCCAGCCUCCCAAAUUGGCCACAGGGUGUCCGCUCCAGGGAUAAAGCGCCAGAGCCGGAGAGCUUCCCAGUCAUCUCCUCCGUGUUUUCCUUGAGCCAACAACCAGAGGAGGCUCAGGGUACCAUGCAGCCGCUAGUCAUGGCUUUGCAGGGCAUCGACAUGGACAAACUCCACAACUCCAAGAACCUGAAUCCAGCUGUCGACAUCCAAGAUCGGGUAUUGGCCUGUGGCCCUGUGAAAGUGGAAGGGCCUGACAAAAUGAUUGAACACUUGCCUAUCCCGGCACGGAAUGACAUUAAAGAGGAGGAGAAAAACAAUCCAAAUGGGGAGAAAAACAGCAUGACACAGACGGACAAAGAUGUUCCAUUCUUGAAAUCGGAAAACAAUAAGCCAGUUCGGAAUAACAAGACGAUUUCUUCUUCUUCUUCUGCUGCUGCUGUUGUGAAUCCCAUAUAUGACAUGUCAAAAUUCUUGACCGUAUCUUUAAUGAGAGUGGACGAAUGCGACGUGUGGACGAGCAGCGGGAAUGAACCGGAACCCGCAGCGUCAAAUUCCAACCCUCCGCCAUCUGCGCCAAGUAUCCGCACCGAGAUCCAACUGAUGCCGCUCAAGGCGGACCAACUGGUGACGCAGCCGGGCCCGGAUCAGCCUGUGGUUAUCCUCAAUCACCCCAAACCACGGUUUCCCGUCCAGGAGACCGUUGACAGUAUUACCCACACCGGAAGCCCAGAAAAGCCCGCAAAGUGCCAAAUAUUAAAGAUGAGGCUGGGCAAAGUGAUGGGACAGAAAUAUGAGGUCAUGGGAUGCACUGUGAGGGUCUCCCCAUGAUGCUCACACAUGAGAAAAAAAACCUUUUACAUUUACAAUGAAGACUACAGAACUAUUUUAGAUAUAACACUCGAAAAAAAACAUUCCCCGCUGUACAAUUAUGGACAUUUUUGUUCAAUUCAUACUUUCUAAUGUGAGCUUCUGUACGAAUAAUCAAUGACUUGGGUAUUAGUGGCUGUGCAGGAAGCCUCAGAGGGAUUCUGUUUGCAAGAACACAGCCAAGCAUUUCAUUCAAACAUCUGUAAAGUCUUACUAGCGACUCGUAGCAUAGAUGGAUGGAUGUAGUCUGUAGCUGCAAAUUACAUUUACUGGAAGUGAGUAGAUUAUAUUGAACGGAGAGAGAUUUUUUUUAGACCUAUUUCCUUGCAAGUUGAGGACAGCCACUAUUUGACAUGGCUUCAUCUCGAGAGACUUAAUCCCAGAGAAAAAGUAUUCAUUUCUUAUCAUGCAUUACCCUAACUACACAGCAUUUUACUGCAAAUUUCCCCCCCCAAAAAACAAUUCCCAGUUUUUAGUAAUAGAUCAGUAUGUGAAAUAUUUUUUUUGCAGGUUUUUGCACACUUAGUGUCAAAAUCCAUUCAUAUAAAAAAAGGUGUCACUAAUGGCUCCAUACAUCAGAAUCCAUUUAUGUCGAAGCUAUGUAUGGCCUACAUCCAAAAUGUAUGUCAUUGUGAAUAUUGACACAAAUGAAUACAAGUGGAUAAAAUAUCAUGCUUUGUGUAAAUACAAAAAAAAGUUUGUUAUUGUAUUGAGGUGGAUAGGUUUUACCCCCUUGAAAAGAAGCACCUGAAUGCACCAUCCAUGUUGUGUUUUCAAGGCUUGGCAGCUUCAGUUCGGACAUUUCAAUUGUUCAGUUUUAUUUGUUCUGUAUGCGCUUUUGCAUUGCUUAGUUAACAUAUUUUUAAUGUAACCCCACUGAGAAAUAUGCUGAGGUAAAACAUUUCAGAUUUUUUAGUUUGUCGUCAAUGUGUAUAUAAUGUACAUUUCCAUCUCAUGCCCUUUUAUUUUUGUAUAUGUACAGCUCUACUUAGCAGCCACAACACUUACACAGUACAGUACAGAGGUGCCAACCAUUCCAGAGACCUUUGCACAUUAAAGAUGCUAAAACCACUUCAAUGUAAGUCAAUAUAUGCUCAAUUGGAACAAAACAUUGACAUUAUAGAUUUUGUCAUAGCAAAUCAUUUUCAAAAUAUGCCAAGGGCAGCACUUUGGACACCCCUCAUUUAUUACAAUACUGUCCAAAAUUCUGCAGCUACAUAGACAACUGAAAUGCUCCGUUGACUGAACCCAAGCUCAAUGCAGGCAGAUGCUGAAAUGCACAAACUGAAUAAUAAAAGUAUACGCUCCUUUUCUUUUUACACAUUGACUGUGAAAAGCUGUAAGCCUGGUAAUAACAUAGCAGUGUGUCUAAUAUAGUGGUUGCAUACAACUCUUGUGCCGGAUGGCAUGUCAUGCAGUAGCUAAUGAAGUGUUCGGUGAUGCUCUCAAGUUAUGAAAAUAUGAAUGGUCCUCAAGCCCCGCUGAGAGAAGCUUACUACAGUACUACUACUAUGGCUACUUCCAUCCCAACUUGAAUGUGUUUUUACAUGUUUUACUUUAGCCUUUUUCAACACCAGUGUCAUCUGUGUUAUCAUAUACCAUGUUUUUAUUACUGUAGUUUUUUUUUCUAUUAAAAGUGUGUUAAUGAUGGUCAUGACCUUAAAAUUGGUUGUUGUUUUUUUUGAUCACCUCAAGUUGAGGUGGAAUUUGUAUAUUGGCGGUAUGGUGUAAUACCAUAGGACAUCCUGCAGAUGGGGCUAAAGCUUUAAUCUCGUUAGGGUGGCCCAUAAUGGACUCUACACUCAUCAAAGGUAAAUUCAUGUACCGUUAGGGG